CGCCUCUUUCCCAUGCGCUCGGAUUCUAUGCUUGCCGUGCGCCGGGUGGAAGCGGGGAAGCGCCUGCGCGCGUUAGCGGCUGCCUGCUGGUGGUGUCGUAUUGGCCUCUCUCACCAUAUGUGCUGAGGCGCGUGUGGAUGUGGCUGGCUGGGCCGUACGUCUGAAAGGCAGUUGUGAGCGCAGCCAUGGGCAAGAAACAGAAAAACAAGAGCGAGGAGAGCGCCAAGGAUGAUAUUGACCUUGAUGCUCUUGCUGCUGAAAUAGAGGGUGCAGGUGCUGCCAGAGAACAAGAGCCUCAGAAGUCUAAAGCCAAGAAGAAAAAGGAAAAGAAGAAACAAGAAUAUGAUGAAGAAGAUAUUUUGAAAGAAUUAGAAGAGCUAUCUCUGGAGACUCAAGGAGGGAAAGUUGAGAGAGAACCAGCUUCAAUAAAGUCAGAGAAUGACAAUGAAGAAUUCAGCUUUUCAAAACAAGAUAAGAAAAAGAAAGGAAAGAACAGAAAGUCCAUCUUGGAGGAGGAGGAUAGUGAAGAAAUGGAGGAUAAAGAUAAAAAGUCUAAAAAGGCUCCCAAGCCCCCUAAGGAAGCUCCCUCUGGCAGUGAUGACGACGACGAUGACUUUGAUAUAUUGCUUAAGAAAAAGAAAGGAAAAGCCCCAAAACCAAAUAGGAAGCAGGAGCUUUCCGAAGAAGAUGAAGCUGUUGUUGCUAGGAAAAGCAAAGAGCGUACACAAGCAGGGUCAUCUGGCGAGAGUGGUGAUGAAUUGGAUGAAGGCUCAGAGUCCAAAAAAGGACAGAAGAAAAACCAGAAGGCAAAACCAGUGGCUGAGGCUGAAAGUGGUGAUGAAGAGGUGGACUCUUCAUUCAAAAUAAAAACAGUGGCUCAGAAGAAAGCAGAGAAAAAAGAACGAGAGAGAAAGAAGCGUGAAGAGGAAAAGGCCAAACUGAGGAAACAGAAGGAAAAAGAAGAUCUGGAAGCCAAUAAAGAACAUGGAAAGCAGAAGGAGGUUUUAAAGAAGGCUGAAAAAGAAACCACUUCAGAAUCAGUGCCAGCAUCUACCACUGUAGAAAAAGGAGAAACUUCAGUAGUAGCAGAAGGCGAUGAUAAUGAAGGAGAGAAAAAGAAGAAAGAAAAAGAUAAAAAGAAAAAGAAAGGAGAGAAAGAAGAAAAAGAGAAGAAAAAAGGUCCAAGCAAAGCCACAGUUAAAGCAAUGCAAGAAGCUUUGGCUAAGCUGAAAGAGGAGGAGGAAAGGGCGAAGAGGGAGGAAGAGGAGCGUAUCAGACGACUGGAGGAGCUGGAAGCCAAGCGCAAAGAGGAGGAACGCUUGGAACAAGAAAGAAAGGAAAGGAAGAAACAAAAAGAAAAAGAGAGGAAAGAGCGUUUGAAGAAGGAGGGAAAGCUUUUAACUAAAUCUCAACGAGAAGCUAGAGCCAGAGCAGAGGCUACUCUUAAACUACUACAAGCUCAGGGUGUUGAGGUGCCAUCCAAAGAUUCUGUGCCAAAGAAAAGGCCAAUAUAUGAAGACAAAAAGAAAAAGAAGCAACAACAACAGCAGGAAAACAAAGAAGAAAUUAUGGAAUUGACUUCCCCAACUGAAGAAGCUGUAGAACCAGUAACAUCAGUAAAAGAGGCGAUUACUCUUCCAGCAGAGCCAGUUUCAGAAGAAAAGGAGGAGGAUGAACCUGAAGAUACAGGGUUAGAUGAUUGGGAAGCCAUGGUCAGCGAUGAAGAGAGAGAGAAGGAGAGAAAAACUGUCCAUAUUGAAGUCAAGGAACAAAAUGAUGCAGAUGACGAUGGAGAGGAGGAGGAGGAGGAGGAAGAGGAGAGUGAAGAGUAUGAGGAUGGAGAAAGUGAGGGAAGUGAAGGUGAAGAUGAGAAGACUUCAGAUGAAAGAGAAGUGGAGCCUCAAGCUGCUGGAAAACCAUCUGUGGAGAAAAGGCUAAAUAAAGAACUAAGCUCUGAUUCAGAAUAUGAUUCAGAUGAAGAUCGUACUAAGGAAGAACGUUGUUAUGAUAAAGCUAAACGGCGAAUUGAGAAACGCCGUACUGAAAACAAUAAAAAUAUAAAUAUUGAGAAGCUCCGAGCACCUGUUAUCUGUGUACUUGGACAUGUAGAUACAGGGAAGACUAAAAUCCUAGAUAAGCUCCGUCAUACUCACGUACAAGACAGUGAAGCAGGUGGCAUCACUCAGCAGAUUGGGGCGACUAAUGUCCCCCUUGAAGCCAUUAAUGAACAAGCCAAGAUGGUGAAGACUUUUGAUAGAGAGACUGUCAAGAUUCCAGGAAUGCUGAUAAUUGAUACUCCAGGACACGAAUCUUUCAGCAAUCUUCGAAAUCGAGGAAGCUCGUUAUGUGAUAUUGCAAUUCUUGUCGUUGACAUCAUGCAUGGUUUGGAGCCUCAGACAAUUGAAUCGAUAAACCUGCUGAAAUCUAAAAAAUGUCCAUUCAUAGUUGCACUUAACAAGAUUGAUAGGUUAUAUGACUGGAAAAAGAGUCCUGAUACAGAUGUAGCUGCCACAUUGAAGAAGCAGAAAAAAAACACAAAGGAUGAAUUUGAGGAACGUGCAAAAGCUAUUAUAGUGGAGUUUGCACAGCAGGGCCUGAAUGCUGCCUUGUUCUAUGAAAAUAAAGAUCCCCGCACAUUUGUUUCUCUGGUUCCUACUUCUGCUCACACUGGAGAUGGCAUGGGAAGUCUAAUAGCUCUUCUUGUUGACUUGACACAAACCAUGUUAAGUAAGAGACUGGCACACUGUGAAGAGCUGAGAGCCCAGGUUAUGGAGGUCAAAGCACUUCCUGGUAUGGGUACUACAAUAGAUGUCAUUUUGAUUAAUGGACGCUUGAGAGAAGGAGAUACCAUCAUAGUCCCUGGAGUAGAAGGUCCCAUAGUAACACAGAUAAGAGGCCUCCUGUUGCCUCCACCUAUGAAAGAACUGCGAGUGAAGAAUCAGUAUGAAAAACAUAAAGAAGUUAUUGCUGCUCAAGGAGUAAAGAUUCUUGGAAAGGACUUGGAGAAAACAUUGGCUGGUUUACCCCUGCUUGUAGCCUGCAAAGAAGAUGAAAUUCCUGUUCUUAAGGAUGAAUUAGUACAUGAAUUGAAACAAACGCUGAAUGCCAUAAAGUUAGAAGAGAAAGGUGUUUAUGUCCAGGCAUCUACUCUGGGUUCUUUGGAGGCAUUACUUGAAUUUCUUAAAACAUCAGAAGUGCCAUAUGCUGGGAUUAAUAUAGGCCCUGUCCAUAAAAAAGAUGUUAUGAAGGCAUCAGUUAUGUUGGAGCAUGAUCCUCAGUAUGCAGUAAUCUUGGCAUUUGAUGUGAGGAUUGAACGAGAUGCCCAAGAGAUGGCUGAUAGUUUAGGAGUUAGAAUCUUUAGUGCAGAAAUUAUUUAUCACUUAUUUGAUGCUUUCACAAAAUAUAGGCAAGACUACAAAAAACAGAAGCAGGAAGAAUUCAAGCAUAUAGCAGUAUUCCCUUGUAAGAUGAAAAUACUCCCUCAGUUUAUUUUUAAUUCUCGAGAUCCUAUAGUGAUGGGAGUCAUUGUGGAAGCAGGUCAAGUAAAACAAGGAACUCCCCUGUGUGUACCUAGUAAAAAUUUCAUUGAUAUUGGAAUAGUUACAAGUAUUGAAAUAAAUCACAAACAAGUGGAUGUUGCAAAAAAAGGCCAAGAAGUCUGUGUGAAAAUAGAACCUAUUCCGGGAGAGGCACCUAAAAUGUUUGGGCGCCAUUUUGAAGCAACAGACAUACUUGUCAGCAAGAUUAGUCGUCAGUCCAUUGAUGCCCUGAAAGACUGGUUCAGAGAUGAAAUGCAAAAGUCUGAUUGGCAGCUUAUUGUGGAGCUAAAGAAAGUAUUUGAAAUAAUAUGAAGUUCUGUUAAGCAACGGGCAAGCUGGCAUAAACCCACAAUUCCUAUUACAAAAAUCACCAACAGCUUAUAAUGAUUAUGCUGUUGGAGUUAACAUCUGAGGAAAAAUAGGUGGAUAAAAUGUUUUCCAUGAGAAACCAAGUAACUUACACUGGUUUGACAGUGGUCAAUUUACAUGUCCCUGUGGCUCCAAUGUGCCUGUGCACCUUUCCUUUAUACUGGCUACUGUUUUAAAGUUUGCCCUUCCCAAAUCUUUCAUCCCCCAAAUAAAAUAAUAAUUUUUUAUUACAGAAUUCAACUUUCACUUUUAUACUUGGUAAGAUCAGUACUGCAGUAUUUGAUUAACCAAAUUCCUGCAGACAUUGUGAUUCUUGGACUUCUUUUGAUGUAAGAAUUGUUUAUUUAUGUAUACCUCUUCCCCUCCACCCCCAAUUUUCUUUCUGCUUUGUGCCUAUAAGAAUUUUUUAAGAUACAAAAAUUAGGUAAUUGGGUAUCUGUAUUUGCUUUGUGUGAAACAAUGAUGUAAAGCAUAGUUGGCUGCCUUUUGCUUGUACAGUUUGUCAAAUUUCAUAAACUGUAAUCAGUGCUGAGCUACAAAUAAAGGAAAUGGACAUUAUCCUGUUAAUUUAACUUGUAAGAGAGGCAGCAUAGUAUGCACAACUUAACUGUCAAGUUAAAGUAGUUCCCAGUGUCUGAUUCUAAGAGUUCAUAUAGUGCUCUUGAGUAUACUUUGCUGUAGAAAGGUGGAAUAAAUACACUUAAAUUCCUGUGCACAA